GGCCUGGGCGCGCCGGCUGGGGCUUCGGCCGACAUGGCUGGGCGCGCGGGUGGGGGUGCGGGCAGUGAGGCGGAGUACGGGGCCGUUUGCCUGACCCGGGACACCUGUGUUGCCAUCGGCUCUGACCUCGUGACGCACCAGAACCGCUGCGCAGAUGUGCAGGGGUUUGAGUGGGCGCAGCUGGGCCACGACACGCUUGGUGGCCGCCUCCUCGCCUACCUCCGUGACCAGGGCGCCACCGUACCGGACUGGGCCGUCUGCCGCGUGCCGGCCGGCCGUACCGCCGUCCUGGCACAGCUGCGCGACGAGUUCACUGGCUGGUGGCGCCUGUACUCAGCCCAGCCUGCAGAUACACCCCUGCCUUCCGACGUGACGGAGCAGCUGGAUGACGCCGCGCAGCAGGUGCAGACGGCCUACAUGGACUACGUGCUCCUAGACGCCCGCACCCUGCGGUCCGCUAAGCGUGGGCCGGCGGACCCCGGCGGGGCCAGCGGGCCCAGCCGCCGGCAACGCCAGCACCGCAGCCGCAGUACCUCCAGCCUCAUGAGCCUGGGCAGCGCUCCAUUGCACCCCGGCGGCGCCAGCUCAGUGAAUGUCAACGGCCUGGGCUCGCCGUUGAAGGCGCGGGCGCUGGUCUCGCACCUGCAGCAAGUUGGGGCGGAUGUGGCGAUGGUGCAGGAGACCCACGCUACUGACACGACGGCGCUGGAGUCUUGCCUUCGUGCCGCGCAGGGGGCGUGCCUUCCGUGGCGCCACUGCCUCGCUGCCAGCCCGGCAGCGUCGCCCCGCUCCUGUGGGACGGCUAUCCUGGCGCGGAGUCGGCUGUCCCUUCCAGGCUGCGUACUGCAGCCGCCGUCAACGGAUGCGGCGGGCCGUGUGGUAUGUUGGGAUUGGGACGUGGGUCACCUGCGCCUGCGCUUUGUGUGUGUGUAUGCGCCCACGGCCGUGGCGGACAAGCCUGCUUUCUUUGCCGGGCUGCAUCCCCACCUGGCCACGGACAGGGUGCUUGUUGUCGGAGGGGACUGGAACUGUGUCACCGAUGCCAGUCAGGAGGCGGCCCCUAGCCCGUCACGUGCUGCAGGUGCCCCGCAACUUGCCAGCCUCCUCGCCCAGUUCAGUCUGGUGGACCCUUGGGCGAGCAAGCGUGGCGGCGCCAAGGGCUACACGCAUCCGGCCACACCCAAGCCGGCCACUCCCGCACGCCUGGAUCGGUGGUAUGUCAGUGCCACCGCGGCGCCGUGGGUGGUGGAUGUCGCUCGCACGUACGGGGCGCCUGGGGACCACAACGGUGUGCUGCUCACCCUGUCCUUGCCCGACCUGCCACAUGCGCACCGGGAGCAGUGGCGCUUCCCCACCUACCUGCUGUUUCACCCCUCGCUGCGUUUGGAGCUCAAGCAGCGCUUGGAGGCGCACGUUGCCGCAAAUCCCGUGGCCAGUACAGGUGACGGCGCUUGCACGCAAUGGGAGGCGGACAAGUUCUUCUUGCGGGAGGCCGCCACCAGCAUCCACCGUCGGCAUGCACGCCAGACCCGGGACGGGCUGCAUGGGGUGGUGCUGGCCGCAGACGCGGCCGCUGCCCUGGCCGACCGGCCGGGUGCCAGCGCCGCGCAGCGUCAGGCUGCGGCCAUGGCCAACUUGGCGGUGCGGGAGGAGCGGGCAGCUGCCGCAGCAGCCAGCCACAAUGCCCGCGCUGCACUGAUGGAGGAGCAUGGGGAGCGGGGCACACGCUGGUUCCAUCGGCAGGCUGACGAGCCAGCAGCCGGCGCGCAGGAGCCCAUCACGCACUUGAAGGUGCCGGGGCAACCGGCGCCUGUGGCGCUCACGGGGCCGGGCACGCGCAACACUGUCUCCGCAGCCGCCGCAGCCAUGUACAGCAGCACCAGCCCCACCGGCCUGUUCCGCGUGCAGCCUGUCUGUACGGUGUCGCAGCAACAGCUUCUGGAGGCCAUUGACCGCAAGGUUCCGGCGGAUCUGCAGGCCGCCGCAGAGGGGUCCGGUGACGGCGCCCUCAGUGAUGCGGAGCUGAUGGCAGCGCUGGCUGGCUCCGCCAAUGGUAAAGCGCCUGGGUCGGACGGGGUCCCGUACGAGGUGUACAAGGUUUUCUGGGCGCUGCUGGGUCCGCGCUUGUGUGCUGCUGCUGCCGCUGCCUUUGCUGCCGCUGCAGACGCCCACGAUGGCGGUGAAAUGGCGGCGGCGCUGCCCGCCUCCUGGCGGGAGGGCAUCAUCACCCUCAUCUACAAGGGCAAAAGCCUGGACCGCGCCGAGCUGGCGUCCUACCGGCCCAUCACGCUGCUCAACUGCGACUUCAAGAUGGUGUCCAAGGCCGUCUGCGCCCGCCUGCAGCCCGCCCUGGAUGCAGUUGUGGAUGAGCUGCAGACUGCGUUCAUCACCGGCCGCUGGAUUGGAGACAACGCGCUGUACCUCCAAGGCCUGAUCGAAUGGAUGCGCCUGGACGUGGGCGCGGAUGGCACGCCACGGCAGGGUGGUGCGCUGUACUUCUUGGACAUUGAAAAGGCGUAUGACCGGGUGCACCGACAGUGGCUGUAUGCGUCCGCGGAGGGACUGGGGUUUGGGCCGCGCAUGCUACGCUGGAUCCGCCUGCUCACUGCCAACGGCUCUGCCCGCGUGUGUGUGAACGGGAUGCUCUCUGACGCCUUCCCAGUGCUGAACGGCUUGCCGCAGGGCAGCACCGCCUCACCACCCCUGGCCGAGCGACAGCAGCAGCCCUCUUCACAGCAGCGGGUGGCAGCGGGAGGGCUUAGCGGGGUCCAGCCGGCGGCAGGCGUGGGGGGGCCGCCGGCAGCCAGGCCUCGCCCUGCCGGUGCUGGGCCGGCUGGCGUGCAGCAGCAGCCCAGUGGCGCUCCCGCGCCACGGCCGCCCUUGGAUCAGCAGGCAGCCGCUGGGCAGGAUCAGGAGCAGACCGCUGUGAUGCAGCGGUACUUGGCCUACAUGGCGGACCUCCAUCUCCAGCAGCAACGGCGGGUACAGCAACAGCAGCAGCAGGAGCAGCAGCGCCAGGUGCAGCCGCCCAGGCCCCGGACCGGCUCCCGGUUUGCGGUCCUGGCCACGCUGGGGGGACAGGACGGCGUGGGUGAUGGCGCUGCCACGGCGGCGUCUGGGCGUGGGCGACGGGCGCAACCAGCCGUGCACGCACCGCCGCCGCCGCCACAGCAACAGCCCCGCUCUAAAGGGCGUGGUGGCCCCGCCCAGCUCCCGCAGCAGAGGGCAGGGCGCUUGGGCGGCGGGCUGCCUCCCCCGCAGGACGGUGCUAGCUCGCCACCGCACGUGCCCACUGGGCGGCCGGCCGGGGGACAGCAGGAUGGUGGGGGCAGCGGGUCGGGGCGCCAUGGUGGAGGAGCGGGGCAGGCAGUGCCUCAGCCGCCGCCCCAGGCGCGGCCGCCACUGCAGACGUUACAACCGGCGGGUGGUGGUAAGGGCAGGGGCAGGGGCCUGGGCGCGCCGGCUGGGGCUUCGGCCGACAUGGCUGGGCGCGCUGGUGGGGGUGCGGGCAGUGAGGCGGAGUACGGGGCCGUUUGCCUGAAUCGUGACACGUGUGUUGCCAUCGGCUCUGACCUCGUGACGCACCAGAACCGCUGCGCAGAUGUGCAGGGGUAUGAGUGGACGCAGCUGGGCCACGACACGCUUGGUGGCCGCCUCCUCGCCUACCUCCGUGACCAGGGCGCCACCGUACCGGACUGGGCCGUCUGCCGCGUGCCCAGGCGCUGCGACGCCAGCCAGAGCUAAAACACAUGGGCGCCAGAUAAGCUGAUGACGAUAGUACACCACGCCAGCGCCUGGAAAGAAACGCCGCCCAAAAGGAAACCUAGGGGGCCUGCACAGGUGAUGCAAGCGUCAGCCGCAAGUUCAACUUCGGUGACCCACCCUGAACCUCCUCCACUUCACAAAGCGCGCCACCCGCCGUCCAGAUGGCAACAAAGUGCUCCAGCUUAGCCGCCUUGAGCUGCGCGGUGAGAAGCUGUGUGGGCAGAGCCGACAGGGUUUCAGGGGUUAGCGUGGCGGCAGUGAAACGCAGCUGCAUCACCCUGCGCAGCUUUUUUUUUUUUUUGAGGAAUCAUCCUUACAAGGU